ACUUCCUCGUGAGUCGUCGCGAGCUCGAGCGCCUCGAAGUAUCAGCCACUUUUCUCACUUUUGAAGCUAAAUUCUUACAUUUGGGCUGGGACCAGAGUCCAUUUAUGAACGCCUCCGAGAGCGAAGACGACGCAUGCAACGAGAGAACCGCACUCAUGCGCCCCGAGAGUCCACCCGCGCCCGCCUACGACGGGCAGCGCCAGCCCCAGGAGCCCGGCGCGCCCAGGCGCCGUCCCGUCGGCCCGGACUCGCCGGACGCGGGGCGACCUGCCCGCGGCGGCGGCGGAGGUCAGGCGGGCGAGGAGGAGGAGGAGGAGGAGGAGACGCUGAAAUACGGAGCCAAGCACGUCAUCAUGCUCUUCAUCCCCGUCACGCUCUGCAUGGUGGUCGUCGUGGCCACCAUCAAGUCCGUCAGCUUCUACGCCCAGAAAUCCAACCAGCGGCUGAUCUACACGCCCUUCACCGAGGACACGGACACGGUGGGCGAGAGGCUGCUGAAUUCCUUCCUCAACACCUUCGUGAUGAUCAGCGUGAUCGUGGUCAUGACCAUCCUGCUGGUCGUCCUGUACAAGUACCGCUGCUACAAGUUUAUCCACGGCUGGUUGAUUCUGUCCUCGCUCAUGCUGCUCUUCUGGUUCAGUUACAUGUAUCUGCUGGAGGUGUUUAAGACGUACAACGUGGCGAUGGACUACGUUACGGUGGCGUUUAUCGUCUGGAACUUCGGCGCGGUGGGGAUGAUCUGCAUCCACUGGAAGGGCCCGUUACAGUUGCAGCAGGCCUACUUGAUCAUGGUCAGCGCCCUCAUGGCCCUCAUCUUCAUCAAAUACCUGCCCGAGUGGUCGGCCUGGGUCAUCCUGGCCGGCAUCUCCGUCUACGACCUGGUGGCCGUGCUGAGUCCCAAGGGUCCGCUGAAAAUGCUGGUGGAGACGGCGCAGGAGAGGAACGAGCCCAUCUUCCCCGCCCUCAUCUACUCCUCCGCUAUGGUGUGGAUGGUAGGAAUGGCCACGCCGCCUUCAGCCGCCGGUGCUGCCAGCCAGGACACGGAGGAGGGCGGGGAUGACGAUGACGAGGGCGAGGUUUCGGGGCGGGAGAGGGCGGAACCCGAGAGCCAGUCCAUGCGAGGCCAGAGGAGGAGCCAGUCUGUAGAGGAGGACUGCGAGGAAGAACGAGGAAUCAAACUGGGAUUGGGAGACUUCAUCUUCUACAGCGUCCUGGUGGGCAAGGCUGCGGCUACAGGAGGAGACUGGAACACCACCCUGGCGUGCUUCGUGGCCAUCCUGAUCGGUCUGUGUCUCACCCUCCUGCUGCUCGCCAUCUUCAAGAAGGCCCUGCCGGCGCUGCCCAUCUCCAUCACGUUCGGCCUGAUCUUCUACUUCUCCACCGACAACCUGGUGCGGCCGUUCAUGGACAACCUGGCCACCCAUCAGUACUACAUCUGAUCCGCCCCCCCCCCCCCCCCGGAACGAUCACGAAAACGUUUAUGAUUCUUCCUGCUGUCCGGGCGGUCUGUGAGAAACCUCGCUGCUGGUCAUCGGUCGGUCGUGGACUGUCGUAGGACGUCUCCGGGGUUUGGGAUCUCCUUUAAUUUCAUUAUUUUUUUAUCUUUUAAGUUCUUGGACGUUCGGUACGUCCAGGUCCGUUUUCUUGACUAGUAUUCAAGUCUGUCGCCUUAGAGAUUAAAGCAAACGCGUGUGUGUGUUCGGUAAAGCGUCCCAUUAAUUACGCCAAGGGUUUCGUUUUCGGCUAAGAGCGCGCGCUUAACCCUCGUGUUCCUGCCUUGUUCCUUCGGGGUCCCACGGAUGUAUCGUGUAGUCUGGCCGUGCUGUCGGCCGGCCGGGCGCCCACACGGACGGGUGUUUUGUAUUGUACGGAUUGUGUGUGUAAGAGAGUCGGCAGCGAUGGGGCUUGAACCGACAACCUUCUGAUUACUAGUCCAGUACCUUGGGGAUGG